GGCUAGACGGGACGGGACGGGACUGGGCAGCCCAGGUCUCCGACUCCUCCCUCUGCCCCUCUGCCUGCCGGCCGGUGUCCCUCUCACCACAAGUCCCUCUGCCCGACUUCCCCUCCAUCCCUCCUGACCCGCGUCCCCUCUUCCAGGCAGCCCUCCUGCCCGCGCUGCCCGCCCAUGGAUUACUCCUACCUCAACUCCUACGACUCCUGUGUGGCCGCCAUGGAGUCCGCCUACGGCGACUUCAGCCCUUGCGGCCAGGCGGGCGCCUUCCAGUACAGCCCCCUGGGGCGGCCUGCCUUCAGCGCAGCAGCCGCAGCGGGGCCCGCCUGCCCUGGCCUUGCCUCCCCUCCCUGCGGCCUGGGAGCCCUGCGGGAUCACCAGCCCGCACCUUACUCCACAGUGCCAUACAAGUUUUUCUCGGACCCGUCGGGGCUAAGCGAGAAGCGCAAGCAGCGUCGGAUCCGCACGACUUUCACAAGCUCCCAGCUCAAGGAACUGGAGCGAGUGUUUGCAGAGACCCACUAUCCCGAUAUCUAUACCCGGGAGGAGCUGGCACUCAAGAUCGACCUCACUGAGGCUCGAGUGCAGGUCUGGUUCCAGAAUCGAAGGGCUAAAUUUCGGAAGCAGGAGCGGGCAGCCAGUGCCAAGGGUGCUGGGGGAGGGGCAGGCCCUCCGGGCACCAAGAAGGGGGAGACCCGAUCUUCCUCCGAGGAUGAUGAGUCCAAGGAAUCCAACUGCAGCCCAACACCAGACAGCACGGCCUCCCUGCCUGGCCCCGGUGGCCUAGCCAGCCCCAGCCCCAGCCUCAGCCUCAGCCUCAGCCCCAGCCCCGGCCUGCCCCCAGCCCCGGCCCCUGCCCCUCUUAAAGGCCCUCUGUGGGCUGGUGGGCCAGGGGGCGGAGGCGGCGGCCCUGGGGCACCCAGCCCCGCUGAGUUGCUCAAGGCGUGGCAGCCUGCAGAGCCAGGGCCUGGUCCCUUCUCGGGCGUCCUCUCCUCCUUCCACCGGAAAGCCCCGACCUCGGCCUCAGCCACUGCUGCCCUCAAAGCCAACCUCUUCUAACUGUUCCCCUCGCCCCCUGCCCCCAAUCCUGGGAGCUGCACAGCUGAGACGCUCCUGUUUCCUCUCCCUCUCAGACAGGGGCAGGCAGCCACUGCCUUCCCUCCUGGGGAUCCUGCCAUGGCCAGAGACAUUGCUCUUCACUCCACCAAGAUGUUCCUUCCUUCUCUUGAGCCCUGUCACUGCCAGAGACCCCAUCUCUAGCCCCCCUGGCAUUUCCUCCCUGAACUUCUGGAGUGAGAGCUAGCCCACUCCCCCUACUCUGCCCUGACAGAUGUCUCCUUUUCUCUGAGGACCCCCCCCCCAAUCCCAACCUUGUGAGGAUGAUCUUGCCAUAGCCAGAGAUGACCCUUCUCUCAAUGUGCCAAUCCCCAGAAAUGCCCCCUUUCUCCCAGGACCACGUCCCAAGCCGAGAUGCUCCGUGGCUGGAGGCUACCCCUCUCCAAAGCGCCCCCUCCCACUCUGGGCAAUAUUGUGGCCAAAGAGGUUUCUCUCUGGAUGACCGAGGCCCACCAUCAGGACCUCGUCUAUCAGUGACAGCCAGAGAUACCACUUUCCUUCGAAUCCCUAGCCUAAGGACCCAUUAUGUCUGGACAUGCCCUUUCCUGGAGAAACAAGAGACUGCCCACUUCUGGGGACUCCUUCUAAAUGUUCUGUGUCCCCUCCCCAUUCCCCUUCAACCAUCCCCUCCACAAGUCUCUUGGGAAGCUCCUUAAACCAGCCUGAGGCAUGACAUUUGAGGAGGCACUGUGGGAGGGAGCCAUCAACCACAGCUAGUCUCCUUCCUGGGCUCUGGAGCUGGCAAGAUGGAUUCAGUGGCUCUUCCACCACUAGGGCCAAGACUACCCAGCUGUAGAAAGGGCUGCUGCCCAUUUCAGGUCUUGACUCUCUUUUAGACAACUGGACCUAAAGCUAAAAGGGACUUUAAAGAUCAUGUAGUAUAAACUUGUUCAUUUUACAGAGAAGGAAACUGAGGCUCAGAGAGGGAAAGCGGGUUGCCCAUGGUCACACAGCUUGUAAGGAGCACAACAGUCUGGAUUUUUUGCUCUUACUUCCCAGGACUAUUCAUGGGUCAGGCCAAGGGUGGGGAGGAGGGGUGACUGUUGCCCCAGACCAGGAUUCCUAAAGACCAGGGAAGGGCAAAAUUAUUUCCUCUUUAUUUUCUUCCAACUUUUGUUUUUCUUUCUAAAACUUAUCUGUAAUUUAUUGAGAUCAAAUUCUGCUCAAUCCAAAUAAAAUUAAUUUAUUGAAGCCAUUUCAAGUGGCCCUCAGAGAACUGGAAGGAGAGCUAUAGGAGCAAGGGUAAGCUACCCAUAAGGGAGCUAGGAGGCAGCCUGUAUCACCUGUGUGUGUGGGAGGAGGGGGGUAUAUCAGAAGCCUCCUCUCCUCACCAAUCAGCUGGUCCCUUAUUAAAAGGUCUAUUUGGGCAGAUCAUUGGCCUUUCCAGGCUUAGAAAUACAGUCUUGCCAUAGGGAUAGACCUCCAAAUCCCAGCCUGAAGGAUUUUACGAUAGGCCCAAACUGUCUUUGUCCCAGAGUUAGAUCCAGGCUGAGUCAGGGGUCCUGCUUUUAAUGAUUACCCCACAAUUCAUAUCAGAUUGACAGCAAAACAAAGCUGCAUUGAGAGACACAGCAUCCAGAAGCAGGCAAGCAGUUCUCCCAGGCCUUCUGAUAAUCAGAUCAUAGAUGAAAUACUGCAUGUAGUUCUGGCCUCCCAAAUUUAGGACAAACUAGAUGAGGGUAGCCAGGAUGGGGUAAGAAUUUGGAGACUAAAAUACACAAAGAUGAAACCGGGACCAUUUGGAAUGAAGAAGAGGGACCACAUGAUAGCUGUCAAACGGAGCAGAGAUUAGGAUGGGGAAAGGCAAAAUUUCUGACACAAGGGGAAAAAACCCCAAACUUGGAGCUGUGGUCUGGGGAAUCAAUGGGGCCCCUCUCAUUCUGGGUCUUGGAGUAGAAGCUAGACAAACCCUGGUCAUCAAAAGGUGGAGAAGAUGGAUGAGAUGGUAUGGUGAGGCCUUGAGGUCGGGUUCACCCCUCCUUCACCCUCCCAGAGACGGGCUUCUAUGAGAGCAUUCUGUCCUCCCCUUUCCUGAGUUCUCCAGCUGCCUGUCCUCGGAGACUCUUUGCCCUCACUCUUCGGGCCCUCACUUCAACAUGUCCCCAUCCCUAUUCAGCUUCUUAUGCCUAGAACAGAGAAUUUUAGAGCUUGCUGGA